AUGAAAAACCACAAUGGAAAAAUUCAUUGCCGUUUCGAUUUCCCCAAACCUUUUCAAGAAACAACAUCACUGGUUGACGACGAAAAACCAAAAUUAAGACGUCGGUAUGAUUCCAGACUGGAUCAGCAGAGCCCUGAAUUUUCUCACGAACUAGCUGUCUACCGAAAAGACAAGUCUGGUAGAAGAAUAACCAGAGACAACCGCCACGUGGCUCCUUACAAUGCAUAUUUGCUGAAACUUUUCAAUUGCCACAUAAACGUUGAAUUUGUUGGAAGCAUUAGAGCAGUGAAAUAUUUAUACAAAUAUAUUUACAAAGGACAUGACUGCGCCUAUAUUAAAAUUGUGGAGGAGCAAAAAAGAAUAAAUUAUAAUGAACCAGACACAUACAUUGAAGGGCGGUGCAUCACACCACCGAAGGCUUGCUGGCGUUUAUCUGGAAAUGAACUCCAAAAGAAGAGCCAUGUAGUGCAACGUCUUGACAUACAUCUUCCUGGUCACUACCGAAUGUCAGACAUUGUGAAUGUGCAGGAAGAUCUGGCGGAUACUGGCAUUAAGGGAUCCACAUUGGAGUCUUAUUUCAAAACCAAUGCUACCAAGAAGCAAAAAGAAGAAGCUAACCGUCUUGCUGGAAAAGAUGAAGAAAUUUUUUACCAUUUUUAUUGGCAGAUGCCCGAGCAUUUUAAAUGGAUAGGAAGGCAAAGUGAAUGGGUUGAGAGGCUUCGACAAAUCAAUGUUAUUGGUCGUAUCCACAGCGUUAAUUUUGUUGCCCAGCCAGAAUUAUACCAUCUCAGGAUGCUUCUGUACCAUGUCAAUGAUCCUGCAAGUUUUGACGACCUUCUUAAAUUUAAUGGUAUCAGAUAUGCCACGUUCAAGCAAGCGUGUCUGGCUCGAGGGCUUGCCUAUGAUGACCAACAGUGGAUAGAUGGUCUGCAGGAAUCGGCUAUGUCAAAAACGCCUAGAGCCAUGAGAACACUAUUUACACAGAUUUUAAUAUUUGGAUCUCCAGAAAAUCCAAAAAGACUUUGGGAAAUGUUCAAAGCAGAUCUGGCUGAAGAUUUUCUUCUAGAAAUAGGACGCACAGGUGGCCGAGUGGAAGACGCGAUAAAUAAUACCUAUCGAAUUAUCGCCUCCAAAUUAAAUACCGAAGCCACAGAAGGCAGAGAUUUUCAGUACUGGGUCAACACCUUUGGCAUGGACAACAUUGACUUUGUCAAUAACCAUUUAAAUAUGGAUAUGCUUAACAACGACUGCUUAAUACUGGAAGGGGAACGGUUGUAUGGACUCCUGAAAUGGAAACAGCUUGACAUAGUGAAUACCAUUCUCGAUGCUGUCACAAGUCAUAACUCUGGACCAAGAUGUUUUUUUAUUGAUGGACCUGGAGGUACUGGAAAAACGUGUGUGUACAAGACUAUUUAUCACAUUCUACUGGGUCGAAAUUUCAAUGUGAAAUGUAUGGCAUUUACAGGAAUAGCAUCAAUUCUUUUGCCUAAUGGACGCACCUCACACAAAACAUUUGGCCUCAGUGUGCCCCUAACACCUGAAUCAGUUUCAAACAUAAAGCUAGGAUCAAUGAAAGCUGCUCAGUUAGCGGAAGUUGAUGUAUUUUUAAUGGAUGAGGCCCCUAUGCUGCCAAAAUACGGACUUUCUACCAUAGACCAGCUACUAAGAGCAAUCGGCAAUUCAAAAGAGCCUUUUGGAGGAAAAACAAUAGUUUUGGGGGGCGACUUCCGGCAAUGUCUUCCAAUUCAGCCACGAGCUAACAGAAGUGAGCUUUUAGACGUAUCCCUUAAAAAGAGUGACUUAUGGAGACAUUUUAAAAUAUCUCGAUUAACCAGAAAUAUGAGAGUUGAUGAAGAAGAGACGGAUUUUGCCGAGUUUCUUUUAAGGAUUGGAGACGGUGAAGUGCCAUUGAAUGAUAUGGGUGAAAUAGCGUUGCCACAAGAUGUCAUCUCAAAAACCAACAUUAUUGACGAAGUUUAUGGGGAUUGUUUGGCAGAUAAAAGUUACGAAAACAUGAAAGACAGGGCAAUUUUGGCUCCCCUAAACAAAGAUGUCAAUUUAAUCAAUUGUGAGCUUAUAGACAGAUUACCUGGAGAGGAAAAAGUCUAUUUUAGCUUUGAUUCAAUCAAGGAUAUGUCAGAAGGUACACUUCAAUUUACCACAGAAUUUUUAAAUUCCAUAGACAUCGCUGAUUUGCCUCCACACAAACUAAAACUAAAAAAACACACAAUUAUCAUGCUACUUAGGAACUUGGAUGUUUCAGAAGGACUCUGUAAUGGGACGAGGCUCAUUGUCACUGAACUGUGUAACAACAUAAUUAUUGCUAAGAUUCUAACUGGCGAACAUUUUGGAAAGGCAGUUCACAUUCCCAGAAUCACUCUAGAUUCCAGUAAGGGGAAACUUGGAUGCACAAUGCAGCGCCAUCAAUUUCCUGUGACCCCUGCUUUCGCCAUGACAGUCCACAAAUCACAAGGUCAAACAUUUCAGUUUGUUGGAGUUGAUCUCAGGGUCCCAGUCUUUAUGCAUGGUAUGCUGUAUGUGGCCUUUUCAAGACCUGUUUGUACCGGAGAAUUGAUGUACUGGAUAGCAACUGGUAGUGGGAAGCAGAGAUUUCUUUUGCCUUCUUAG